UUUUAUUGAAUGAAUCACUUAAAUAAAAGUGUCAUUAUUAGACACAAGUUUGACAAGCAGGAGGAGAUCAAGCAAGAAAUAGGCAAGGCUCAACACUGGGCUAGUCAUGCUCCUAAAACAAAAAAUAUCGAGAGAAGAACUAAUAAUCAAGAUUCAAAGAAAAGCUAUUUAUUUCAAGAUACCCCAAGGAAGAAUAAAAAGGAUUACAUGGUAAAACUUUUAUCUGAGAUGAAUACUCCUAAGGCAAAGCUUGCAUUAUCAAGAAUCAAAGAUAUUAGAGACAUCAACUUAAAUGGAUUCUCUUCCAUAGCUGAUGAUAGGAAAUCAAUGUUCUCAUCUUCAUACAAUGGUAGUGCCAGAAAACAGACUCUACAUCGUUUUUCAAGAGGAAAUACACAGAAAUGAAUAAAAAUAAAUUCUUUUCUCAGAGGAUCAAUAACUUCAAGAAAGAAUGGCCAAAAUACUUUUAAGCUAACAAGAAGUCAACCAAAGAGAGCUUCUUUAGUGCAGAAUAGGUUUCAAACUUCUAUAAAGACUAAUAAUCUUGAGAAAUUUACUCCCAAAAUAAGUAAAAGUACGAAAAGAGGGAAGUCUGUGUCAUUAUCAAAGUCUUUUGCUAGUAACAAUCUCGAGAAAAAUAUUAUUUCUUCACAACUUCCUAAGCUAAAAUUCUCAAGCAAAAAUCAGAAGCUAAUAGCAUAUCAAAAUACUGCUAAAGAUCAAUUUGAAGGCAAUUCUACAGUAGGGUUCAAUCAGAAUGUCAAACUUUUGUCCCCUUCCACUCAGAAGAACAAGAGAAGUAAAAACUUGUGGAAUUUGACAAUGAAUGAUCGUUCAGAAAAUGCUUUCAAGAUGAAAAAUUUCUAUACUCCUUCUAAUAAAGGGACUUUAAGAAAAAGUAGAAUGAAAAAUAACCAAUAUACCCCUAAUUUAGAAAUGCCAAUGAAGACAGAUUACUCUCAAAUUCUUCAUUCGAUCAAUGCUAGUUUCAACAAACAAUCUCUCGACCAGAUCAAAGAAGAACUAAAGCUCAUCACCAAACAAAGCAGGCAAGGGGGAGAAGACCCUAUCAUCUUCGACAUCAUCAGUCAAAACCAUAAGAAGAAAUUCAAGAGUACAUUAGGGGACAAGCUUGUGCAGCUAGAGACACUUGACAGAAUGGAUUUGGAUUAA